GGGAGGUACUGGAGUGUGGUGUUAGCUCCCACAGCCUACAGAAGAACUGACAGCCGCCCAAAUGGCUAUCUGCGCUCUCGGAACGCUGCUGCUGUCUGCCUUGGCGCUGUCGUCCUGCAGCGCAAAUGGCAUCUCCUACGGCAGGGGCUACGGCUACGUUGGUGCUCCUCACAGGAGAGUUCUGGUAAAGGCGGUUCCAGUGAAACGGAUUGCAUAUGGCCACAAGCGCGGAGGUGUGUACCGCAGCGCGCAUGACAGUUACGACGAGCGGGACGCCCUCCGCACCGCCGACUCGGACGUCCACCACCGCCUCGUCCACGCCAAGCCCGUCCACAAAGUCGUCCACAAGGCCGUCCACGAGCCCGUCCACACGGCCGUCCACGAGCCCGUCCACAAGACCGUGUUCGUGCCGCCCUACCCACCAGCGCCCGUUGAGAAGACCGUGCACGUGCCGCUGCACGCCGCCCACGACGAGCACGUGGCGCACGUGGCGCACGUGGACCACGCGCCGUACCACUACGACCCGCACGUGGUGCCGGAGUGCGCGCUGGUCAACCACCUGGCCUACAACGUCACCGCCUGCCUCGACGACGCCGCCUACCCCACUGAUUACAUCAUCCACGAGCUGAAGAAGAACCCCGAGCUGACCGACCGGCUGAUGAGUGACGUCACCUACCAGUCAGCUGAUAACCUCGUCGACGGUCUGACUAAGGCGGAGGAGGAGAGCUACAGCCGCCAGCACUACUUCGGUCUGACCGACAGAGACCACCUGACGCACGCUGACGGCCACGCUUACGGCGCCAGCUACCAGGAGCAGGGCGGCUACAUCUGUCCGUCCGACAUCUUCUACGGCCGGGUGAAGCGCGCCGUCAACACUUUCGGAGAAUGGAAGGUGAUCGUUAAUCUGCCCGAUAACUUCCGACACGACCCCAAGUACAAGAAGUAUGUGCAGACCUCGCGACUCGAGAGCUGCGUGUACCCUGGCGCCGCGUGCAGCUUCGUCGACCACCUCUUCCCGUCCGCCUGUCUGCAGAAGUACUCGUUCGUGCGCCUCGUGGCCUACAGCUACGACCGUGGCCUGCAUGUGGACUCGUUCAAGCUGCCCUCGGCCUGCUCGUGUCACGUGUCGCCCCGGCCGGUGCCUUAUUGAAGUGAUGGAGGCCGGCGAACCAGCGGUGACCUGACCCCUAGCUGGUGUUGGCUCUUCAGUUGUAAUUUGUCCCGUGUCUGAGGCUCAGGCCGGAAUCUGACCCCAACUGGGGACUGAUUCGAUUGCUUUUGCCAGUCUUUGAUGAGGAUCUGAAUUUGUGGGCAUUAUCCCACGAUAUUUGAUACGUGAUCUAUUUUGAAUGAAAAGCAGUGAGAUUUGCGGACCGUUCCUUUUUAUAGCUAUAGCUGUAAUUAGAUGCUUUCUGCGCUAGUAGGUAGCACUCGACACAUGUGAAAAAUAUUCAAUCGACUGGGCUACCGUUAGACAGAUUGCCUAGAUAACAAAAAACGCAAGUGGUAUUAUUAACAUGUAUGCUUUUUCUUGUUCAACUUGCGAUUUCCAUGCAUUAACGUAUUUAUCACGAGUAUACUCAAAUAAGCUUGUCGCUCGAUCAAAUUCGUAUUUAGAAACCGAGAAGAGGUUUGACACAUGUCCUCACUUAUGUUGUGUAAUGUAUUUAAUGAGACAAUCCUCGAUGUACUCGGGGCUAUUACAGUCUCAGUUAUGUAGUACAAAGCAUGCAACAUAUGUACACAGCAUUUCCUGCCCUAUCAUAAACCACGCCUAGGUUGCUGUAAAAAAAUAGCACAUCUUAUACACACACGAGACGAAUCAUCCACAUUUAACAACAAUCGCUCGAUAGUCAUUGCUCUAAUAGUUCGGACAUCGGACCACGUCACUCUUGCCCAGUCACGGUGCGACUGUCACAUAGGUGGCUUACUAAGUGACUCCGGAAAGCUGGCGUCGAGCGUAACGUCAGAUCAUGUGGCAGCGCAUUAUACUGGCGAGGUGCACGACAGCAGAAACGCCUUCGUCCCAUCUCUGUAUGUGACAUUGGUACGUACAAUGUGUUGUUUUGUCUAGUAUUGCGGUCACGGGUCUCUGAGCUUUUAAUGAGAUUUUCAGCCAGUGCUUCAGGUUCGCCUGCGCGACGUACUCUAUGAACCAUGCAAUUGCACAUAGUGUGGUACUGGACGAGCUCAUUAGCUUUCAACCAGCCCAAACGUUGAAGCAGAUCGGACACAUGGUCAAAUUUCUUGCGACGGAAAAUGACUUUAGCGGCAUAAUUGAUCACUUUCUGAAUCCGAAGAAGAUUUUUGUUUGUGGUAUUACCAUAAACGGAUAAACAGUAGCGGAUAUGAGAUAAAACUAAGGCAUCCACUAGAAUAGAAAUGGUAGAUGGCGGUAAAUGGCCCCUCAGUUGCGACAAUCCGGUAAGAAUUCCGAAACAACGGUGCACAACAACAGAAACAUGAGUGUCCCAGCUAAGGGCACAGUCAAAAUGAACUCCAAGAUUCCUCGCUUCGGAAACAGGAGUCAAAUUACAAUUAUCAAAUUUUACAACAUAGCUGGAAAUGUUUCGCAAAUUCUGUGGGCUACCUAACAACAUUAAUUGAGUUUUCUCAGAAUUAAGUUUGAGCCCGUUAGCUCGGAACCAUGACCCCAGAGAUUCCAACACUUGUUC